UAAAUCUCUGGGUCUAUUAGGAAUUCACAAAGAACAAAUGACCAUCUCUUGUUAGGAAAUUACUUGUCUGAAGCACAAGGGCAUAUCGAGAGGACAGCAGAGCAGGAAAUGUUUUGUCUGGUCUCUGAUAUUUGUUUAAAUGGUGUUUUCUAGCUUUGAGAAGACCUGAUAUCUGGAUUAUUUGUAAUUGUUUUAUUGGACCACGUGAGCUGAGCUGGCAUUUUCACUGAUGUGCUGUUUUAUCUUUCCUCCAGUUUGUUUGGAGUGUUGGUGGAUCCCUGCUGCGUUGUGCCAGGGUGUGUGUCUGUGUGCUCUCUCAUCCAGAAUGCAGUACAAGAGUUUUCAAUCUGCAAGCCCACUGAUGUCCUUUUCAUUAAGAUGAUGGUUAUAGAUGUUGAUCAGGACAGGAAUGAGAAUAGUCAUGCAGCAGGCAUCAGAAUGAAACCACAUCCUCUUCUUCAACAGAAAACUCUAGCUCUGUAACAGAGGCAGGCAACAGGGUGAGUUGGUGGGUGAUUUAUAUUUUGUACUGUGUUCUUUUUACAUAUUUUAAGCGGGAAAAACUUUUUAAAAACCACAAUGAACUCAAGGAUGUUUUGCUUUUUUGCUGUGCUUGUUCUUAGUGUUUCAAUUUCAUUAGUUCUUUAUACUGUUAAUUCACCUGAGCAAAAACACCUUCGGAAGUUGAACCUCUCAGUGACUUCUAUCUUAGCAGAAGCCUGUGAUGCACUUAUUGAAGAGAAGGCAUUUUUUGUACAAGAAAACGCAUUAAAAACAUCAUUUGGGAGAACCUGUUGCACCAAAUACUUAAUUCAAAAUCACUAUAUAACCAGCCCUCUCUCAGCAGAAGAAGCUGCCUUUCCUUUGGCUUAUAUCAUAACCCUUCAUAAGGAAUUUGAUACUUUUGAAAGACUUUUCAGGGCUAUUUAUAUGCCCCAAAAUGUUUACUGUAUCCAUGUGGAUCGGAAAGCAACUGCUAAGUUUAAGCAAGAUGUGGAGAAAUUAUUGAACUGUUUCCCCAAUGCUUUUCUUGCCUCUAAAAUGGAGCUAGUGGUAUAUGCUGGAAUAUCCAGACUUCAGGCGGAUUUGAACUGCAUGAAAGACCUGCUGGAAUCAGGAGUUCGGUGGAAGUACCUUCUCAACGUAUGUGGACAAGAUUUUCCCUUGAAAACCAACAAGGAAAUAGUUCAGUAUCUGAAAAUAUUUAAAGGGAAAAACAUCACUCCUGGAGGUCUGCCUCCUGCCCAUAUUAUCCGAAGGACCAAAUAUGUCCACAGGGAACAAAUAUACAGUUUCGCUUCUUUCAUGCUGUGGACCUUUGUACGAAAAGCACCACCUCCACACAAUCUGAUCAUCUACUUUGGCUCUGCUUAUAUUGCUGUCACAAGGGAAUUUACCGAGUUAGUUCUCAGAGACCAGCGUGCCAUUGAUUUACUUGAAUGGUCCAAGGACACCUAUAGUCCAGAUGAACAUUUCUGGGUGACACUCAAUUCGAUACCAGAUGUCCCUGGUUCCAUGCCAAAUGCAUCCUGGGAAGGUAACCUGAGAGCUAUCAAGUGGAGCGAUAAGGAAAACUCUCAUGGAGGUUGUCAUGGUCAUUAUGUCAGAAGCAUUUGUAUAUAUGGAACAGGUGACCUAAAGUGGCUAUUUAAGUCUGUAAGCAUGUUUGCUAACAAGUUUGAACUCAAAACAUACCCACUCACUGUAGAAUGCCUGGAACUGAGGCUUCGAGAGAGAGCACUGAACCAGAGCGAAACGCAGGUGAAACCAAGUUGGUACUUUUAAAUUAACAACUCAGAAUGGAAAUAAAACUCCAGCUGCAGUAGCUCGGGAAGAAUAACCUCCCCGGAAAGACUUUUCUUCUGGAACUUCAGUACGGGUAGUUUGUAAUGUCUUGAGUGGAAGGUUUGAGUGCAGAUCAUACAACACUGGAGAGACCUAAAGAGGAGGCUGAGGAAAUGGUUCUGUUGGCUUUGCUAUAUUUGCACGUUUGGCAUGUGUGGCUGGAUGGCACCUUACUGACUUGUGCCGGGCAAAAAUGUCAUCGCUAUCAUGUUCUGUAUAUUUAUAUGUAAAAAUCACGCAUCCCUAAAUUUUCAUACAGCAACAUAAAAUCCAGAGCAUACUAAUGAGGAAGAGUUAUCCUUUGAAGGAAACCAUCACCAUCAACAAGAUCUUAAAGAUAAAUCUAGGUGCAGUUUGAUGACUCCAUACGUACAGAAACAAAAAUCACUGACCCCCCCCCCCACACACCCAAAAUCCCUCUGCCAAAUGUUUGUAGGGUAAUAGCAUUUGGUAUUUUUGACUCUCUAAAUGGGCAGCAUAGGGCCUGUGGGAAGCAGGAGAAAUGCUUCCAGAUCUGCUGGAUCCCUUCCAAAGCAUUCUGGGGGUGGGGGAAAGCACCUGGGAGUUAAACAUUUUCAUACUGAUAACUCUGAGCUUUUAAGAAUAACUCAAUCACUCCAUCUUAUACUGUGAAACAUGCUAAUAGUCUCUCUGAGUUUUAUUUUCCUAGACUGUAUAUACUUAGCACAGAAAAUCCCUGUUAGCUGUUGGUUAUACUGUAUUAAGAUUUCCCCCCCCCUACAUGCCAACCACUAGAUAUGUAAGCAGGUCUGAUGUUCCAGCUACACAUGCAAAGCUCCCUGAAGACAACUGAAAGUCUCAAUAGACCAGCCAGGACAUUGCCUGGUACGCAGCAGACAAAAACAAAAAGCAAAAAAACCCACCACAGCCACCCCACAGCUAGAACUUUCAAAAAUAUUUUAAGUUUCCCAUACCUGAUGGAUAGUACAUAUAGUUUUCACGCUAAUGUUCCUCACUCUGAGGACCCCCUUAUUUUUCUGGAAAAGUCAAAGGAAAACAAAGCAAAAACACAAAAUAAAACUACAGUUGUGGGCACCUCUUCCUUUAGUUGUGGAAGAUGGUAUGUAUGCCAAAUUCUAGGCACAUAAUACUAAGGAGUUUCAGACUGUGCCAUCACAAAGGCAUUCAAAUAGACUAUUUUCACGGCAGAAACUUGGACUCAACUCCUGUUCAACUUCGCUAAUGGAAGAAUUUCCUGACAGCAAAGCUGGCACAACAAGCAGCCUGUGGAAGCUACAGAAAGAGGAAGAAGAGAGAGAGAUGGGACAGUAGAAUGAUUUUUCAAAAGUGACUAGUAAUUUCGGGGGUUGUAGGGGGCCUUCACUUUUGGCUGCCCAAUUUGAGACUCUUUAAAGGGGCCUGAUUUUUUAGAAGACAGGGGCUCAGCUCUUUCCAGCAGUGAUAUCUCAAGUUGGGCACCCAGAAAUGGAGACACACAAAGCUAAAAGUCACUUCUGAAAAUGUAGGCCAAGAUUUAAAGGGAAGGGAUCCUGACAACCUGAUCAGAAUAAUUGUAGUACCACAAUGUGCAAAGAGGGCAGGAGGUAGAAGUGGACUGUCCCAGACUGAGAACCAGAGGCAAAUAAGGGAUAAUAAAACCAACAAGAGCAGAAGCAGCAAGUCCAGCAAUUUAAGAGACCAACAACAGGAUAUUUUGCACUGAACUCUCUUAAAAUGAGCAGGACCAAGUGGAUCCAGUCUUGAAAGAUCUCACAUUUUCCCAUUUGAGUAACGUGAUAGCAGAAUUCUGAACACUUAGCAACUCACAAAGCAAAGCUGUUUGUUGAUAGUUAAUACUGCUGGCCUAUGUACUGGCACAAUCCAACUCCUGUUAAUGUCUCUUCCUUGAAUGAUAGUCAAUAUAUUUUCAUGGAAAUAAAUUAUUUUGAUUUCA